CGACGACCAAAGAGGAGAAUUAAUAUUCCCACGCCGCCCUUCCUUUCCCUUUAUCGCCAAUUGGGGUCUUUGCACCCCCUCCCUUCUCUCAGGCGCACUACCACCAUGAGCGCCUGCAGAUCCGCGCGAUGUCUGCUCUCCAAAGCCACUGCGGCAGCCGGUAGCCCACUCGGACUCUCGAAAGGCACCUCGAAACGCACCUUCCACAGCAGCUCCCCUCGUCCCGCACGGAAAAGACGGCCCCACUACCCCAGCAUCAAAGCCUCGGACCUCAAGAUCCUCAACGAAGACGCCCAAACCCUCCUGCCCAAGUACUCGGACGCGGAGACCCAGCUGCUCUCGAACCGCUACACGCCCUCGCAACUCGCCGCCAUCAAGGCCGCUGAAUCCGUCAUCGACCCGCGCGACGUGCUCCUGCAAGGCUCCCAGCGGACGGACCCCUGGCGCCUGCCCUACCACAGCGACCUGAUCGAGGUGGACAAGAUCAUCGACCACGCCGAGAAGCUCGACGUGCGGGACACGAUUCCCCAGGGCAAGAAGAAUGUGCGCCUCGCCAACGCCGUGGAGCGCGACGCGGCCAUCAGCAAGAUUGCGACGGAGAACCUGGCCAAGCUGUACCCGGGGGGUCUACCCGACGGACAAUUGACGCCCAAGCAGCAGGAUGAGCUGGAGCAGGCGGUCGAGGGCGCCAUGAUGCAGGCGUCGCUCGACCCGCGCGCCAUCUACACGUCCAACAACAAGGCCGAGUUGGCGGCGCUGGCGGACCCGAGAUACAGCGUCGUCCUGCCCGACCUGCCGCGGCUGGACUCGCGGCUCGCAAAGGCGACGCGGCGGCUGUCGAGCGAGGAGCAGGAGGAUCCGCGGCAGAAGCGCAUGCUGCAGUAUCUGGGGUGGGACAAGAGCAAGCUGAGGCAGAUUCGCACAAAGACCCUCGUCGUGCACGGCGUCGUCAAUCAGACGCGCAUGGGCAAGAUCCGGUCCAUGUACUACCUCACCAUUGCCGGCAACGGGGAUGGCCUGCUCGGCGUGGGCGAGGGCAAGAGCGUCGAGCCCGAGGAAGGCAGGAAGCAGAGCGUCAUGGCGGCGAUACGCAAUAUGCGGCCCGUACCGCGAUAUGAGAAUCGCACCAUCUACGGCACGUUGGAAAAGAAGAUUGGCGCGACCAAGGUGUUGCUGUAUUCGCGGCCGCCGGGUUUCGGUCUCCGCGUCCAACAUCUCAUCUUCGAGCUCGCCCGCGCGGCGGGUCUGCAGGAUCUCUCGGCCAAGACGCCCCGCUCGCGCAACAAGAUGAACGUCAUUAAAGCGACGUGGGAGGCGUUGACGAGCCAGAAGCUGCCGGACGAGAUUGCGAGGGGGAGGGGGAAGAAGCUCGUGGAUGUGCGGAAGGUGUACUAUGGGGGCAGUGUGCAUUAGACGUGCAUUCGAACAAUGAUUGCAAACAAACUCUAGAUGUAUUACUAUGAGAAGGGAGGGGAGGGGAGAUUCUGUAGGAUAGGUGAUAGGGAGGGAGGGGAGGUGCCCGUGUGUAUAGCAUGUAAGCAGGCAGUUGUGGGUAUUGCAUAUGUAUAUUUUGGACGUCGA